UUGCAAAUUUGAUACCCACAGAACUUACGCAGAAAGUGUAGCAAGUGGGCGCAACACAGUUUCUGAAUCCGCUUCCGGAGUGCCGUCGACACCGAUGCCCACAGACUGAUCACAGGGCUUUUACCCGAACAGCACUGAAUGGUAGCAGCUGAGAGACGGGUGCGGAGCGAGGGUUGCCAAACCCGGAGGAUUUCUCACGGCUCACGGACUAGAAGGCGCUUCUAUAUGUAUCUACAUACACGGAUGACAACCUCCAAACAAUCCUACACUGAAAACUUUGAGCUCUACAUCUGACGAGGGGCUCUUAUUGAGAUUUUUUUUGAAAGCCGGUCCAAGAGCAGACAUGAUGCAGGUGCAAACUGUGGGCUAACGAUGGUACUGAAAUGACUUGCUCGGCGCUGACGCGUUUCAUUGUGCCAUGCCAACCCCGCAUUGUCAGAUGCCAUUUUACUCUGCGUUAUCCCAGCGUCUGGAAUUCCAACAAACUGGGCCUGUUGUGUAAUUAGAAGUUCGUGAGGCUGUAACAAACAAGCUGGUGCAAUGAGAAGCUACGCUGCCCCAGACAUUGUGCGCAAUUUGUGCUGAAGCUUAUGGGUCCUGCGUACUCAAGCUCCCGGCUUCCACUUGGAGAGGUGUGCUGCGGGGCUACAGCGCACUGGCUGUCGGCUUCACAUCUGGACCGCCUUGGUACUGUCAUCUGCGGCCUGUUCGGACUGUGCACUCCCUGAACUUGUGUGUUGACGGGGAACUGACUGAGCUCGGCUCGGAUGGUGUCGUGUUAGAGGGAAGGGGUGAUUAUUUGGCCUGGACUUGACGUUAUCGGUGAUCCACUGGAACACCGAGGUCCAAAGCUGGACUGGCUGACUACUCAUGGAAAAAACGCUUAUCCAGCUAUGGAUUUUGCGUAGGGAAGUCACGCAUUUUUAAAGGCAACGCUAGGGUGACAUUGCAGUCUUCUCACCACAUCGGUUAUUUCGUCGUCCGACAAAAAAAUAAAAGAGUGAAAGUGGAGUAUUGUCCGUCGUACGUAUCAACGCAGUGGGAUUUCUACGUCUGGUCGGCGUUCCCCCCCACCCUUCCCGCGGUGACGGUUAUGGGUCGGAAGCGGUGUGUCGGUGCAGAUUGUUCCAAGAUGGCGGCCGGGUGCUGCGGGGUGAAGAAGCAGAAACUGUCGGGAUCGCCCGGGUCGGGGGGUCCCGGCGGGGUGGGGGCGGGAAGCGGGGUGGCAGGAACCGGACAUUGUGGCUCGGAGUUGGGGAUUGGCUCCUCGGCGACCGUUGCAGCAGGAGCGAACGUGAGCAGAGCCAACGGCCUGGGGGGACCCGGGGGUAACGUUAGCGGCAGCAGUAGUAGUAGUGGUAGCAGCGGCACGAACGCUCUGUCCCCAGCCCCGGCCGGUUACACUUCAUCCGGCCUCUCCCCGAAUCUCAGCGCGGGACCUGGUUCGGGAAGUGGAGGCAGAAAAAUGGUCGUCUCAGCGGAGAUGUGCUGCUUCUGUUUUGACGUGCUUUAUUGCCAUCUGUACGGAUACCAACCUCCGAGAACACCCAGGUUUACAAACGAUCCCUACCCGCUGUUUGUCACAUGGAAAAUAGGCAGAGACAAGCGGUUGAGGGGUUGUAUAGGUACAUUUUCUGCCAUGAAUCUGCACUCAGGACUCAGGGAGUACACCCUUACCAGUGCCCUUAAAGACAGCCGCUUUCCCCCGAUGACGAGGGAUGAGCUGCCUCGCCUCUUCUGCUCAGUGUCUCUUCUCACCAACUUUGAAGACGUCGGUGAUUACCUUGACUGGGAGGUGGGUGUUCACGGUAUUAGGAUAGAGUUUUUCAAUGAAAAAGGAUCAAAGCGCACCGCCACCUACCUACCAGAGGUUGCAAAGGAGCAAGGUUGGGACCACAUUCAAACCAUAGAUUCCUUACUACGAAAGGGAGGCUACAAAGCUCCCAUCACAAAUGACUUCAGGAAGACCAUUAAGUUAACCAGGUACCGUAGCGAGAAGAUGACAAUGGGUUAUGCAGAGUACAUCGCCCACCGCCAGCACCAUCACUACCAGAAUGGCAUCGGGCACCCUCUACCACCCUACAACCAUUAUUCCUGACAGCGAGCCGCAUGACCAAUCAUUGGACCUCUCCGCGGACCUUUUCCCAGGAGAGCCCGCCCCCUCCUGGUCUAGCUAUUUCUACUACUGUACCAUUUUAUGAUGAUAGUUUCCGUUGCCAUGCUGGCCGUCUUCCUUGACGUUGACAUGGCAACGGGUGGCAACGAAGCAUCAUUUGAUUACGGCAAGAAAAUCCACUCUCCUUUUUUCUUUGCCUGUGGUUAAGUUUUUGCAGCAUAUGUAAACCUCUUACUAUAACCCCCCCUUCAUUCAUAUUUUUGAAAACCCAAUACUAGAUUUUAUUAAUCCUGCAAAACUAAUCAGGUGUUUGAUUCUGUGGAUGGAAGGAAGUCUCUUAUAGGGUGGAUUAUUCUCACGCUUAUAAUGUUCAGGCUUUGCUUCAAAUUAACAUUAACUAAAAAAAAACUAAUCUUUUUUUCCUUCUCUUCUUUACUCCUGACAUGUAAUCCAUGUAGCAAGGCAACUGCAGUUCUCAAAGGCUGUGUCGUCUCUCUUCUGAUUCCUCUCAAAAAAGAAAAAGAGUGACUGUUGGGGUUGUGUUAGCCUUGUAAACUGUUGUAGUGAUGUAGUUGGGACUAUAUAUUCUGGGAUUUGUAUGCUCCAAAGUAUAGCUUGUAGGAUUUUGAUGCUCUUCAACCAGCUUUGCUGGUUGUGUUUAUUGUCGGAGCUCACAAUCGUGUGUGUAUUUCUGUGUGUGGAUAUAGGCAUUGGUUUGCCACCAAAUUUAAACCAGUAGAUUGAGUUAGACAUUGGAUUUGUACCUUAAAAUUCCCUAAUUAGAUUUCUUUAAAAACCUCUCUUCUUGAAGUGUUUUUGUUGGACCCGUAAAUCUUGAACUGCAUAUUUUAGCCCCAAGCUUUAGCUUUCCCUUUUUUUGUUGAGCUUUUCCAAAUUUGAAGUUUAACUGGAGGAAGCCAUUUUUGUCAGAGGAUAAUCAAUUCCACACAGGUGAUAAGUUGGUGUAAAAUGGGUCUGACUUUGGUGUCUUUAGAGAGGGGAAAGAGGAAAAACUACAGGUCCCAAAAGAGAAAAAUCCAAGCAUGAACAUUAAAAUCUUGUGAGUUUGUUGGUUCGUGAGUUUACUGGCAGGGAGUCAACUUGACAGGGACAUGCUAUUACUACUCAAAGCCAUAUUCUCUCUUUACUCAACACUCUGUAAAAGCAGUCUGUUUGGCUUGAAGUCUUUGCAUUCGGUACCACUUGACCGGCAGCCUCUAGUUUCUCCAUUCUUCAACCUCUGAAUGCAAACUUUGACACCAGCCAGCCUCAGACAAGGCUGCACCACUGAAUGCUAUUCAUCAUAUCUGGUAGUUUCACUCAUUACUCACGUCAUGUCUUGUAUAUCUGCCCAUAGUGUCGUUGUGGAAACAUUGUCUUGCCUCUUCAGAUUAUAGCUAACCAUUGUCACUCGUCAACUAAGUAUGAUGUAUUAAAAACUGUCAUUUUGAAUGAA